GAUCACUGAUAAAGCAUAAUUGGAUCUUUGUAAUUGGGCAAGAACUAAGUAUCUGCGAAUUGUUUCAAAAUGGUGAAAGUGAAAGAAUUCUGUUGCGGGUUCUCUCUUCGAAGUGGAACGUAUAUUGCAGCAUGGGGUUUACUAGUAUGGAGUUUUUAUAUAUUUAUACAGGCUGUGUAUUAUUUUAUCUACAUUCAACGUCUGCUUACAAGAUAUAACACUUCCGAAGUACCAAAAUCAUGGUCUCUGUUACCGUAUUUACUUGCCUAUGAUGUCACAAGGACCACUACUGGGAUAACGGUUUCCCUUACAGCUAUAUGGGCACUUCAAAAGAACAACCCCAAAUUUUUAAGCGGUCUUCUAUGGUACCUAUAUUACUCCAUAAUUUUUACAAUAUUUGAGGAGAUAUUCUUAAUAUUCGCGUUCGAUUUGGAAAAAUUUAUAUUGCGGUUGAAUCCGACAAUUAAUAGCUAUCUUCCGUUUGACUCUAAGUCCGAGGGAAGUGAUGAAAUCGCAUUGGUUUUCUUGAUUUAUUUAUUUGGAAUAGGAGCUGCAUCUUAUUUUGCGUUGAUUGUGAAAUCCUACCGAGAUUAUUCGUUAAGAAAUGAAGCUCACAAUGUUCAAUAUGUCGGUCCGGAUGCAACAACUGUUGGGUAUAUAAGAUCAUAGUUGAAUAGAUACUUAACUAAUUAAUUUAAGUACAAUUUGUACAAUCUAUUGUUUUGCUUCAAUAUUCAAUGUCACUUGGAUAUACAAGUUAAUGAAAAAUCAAAUCAUAUUUUAUUUAUUAUAGUCAUAGGUACUGCUAAUCAUUUUGUGUUUGUGAACGCGUUUUAUAUUUAAAAAAAAUUAAUUUGAGUACAGCCUAUUUAUUCUUGAAAAUAAAAAUGUUUUGUCAAUCA